AUGGCUGUCGUGCUAGAUCCCGUCGUGGAUGUGCUGGAAGAGGGGAGCCACCCUUUGGACUCCUUGUUCAAGCCCAAGCGAGUGGCCGUGAUCGGUGCAACAGACCGUGAGGGCAGUGUGGGUCGAACCCUGCUUCGAAAUCUCAUCAGCAACCCCUUUGGAGGCGUCGUCUACCCUGUGAACCCCAAGAGGGAGCAUGUCCUGGGCAUCUCCUCCUUCAAGUCCAUCGCUGCCUGCCCUGGUCAGAUUGACUUGGCUGUGGUCAUCACACCAGCUGCCACCGUGCCCGCUGUGAUCCAGGAGUGCGUUGACAACAAGGUGCGGAACGUCAUUAUCAUUUCUGCGGGUUUUAAGGAGGUUGGCGCAGAGGGAGAGAAGUUAGAGAAUGAGGUGAAAGCCAUUGCCAAGACGGGCAACAUCCGCAUAGUUGGGCCAAACUGCCUCGGCAUCAUUUGCCCAACUUCGGGGCUCAAUGCAUCCUUCGCCAAUUUGAUGCCGCAGAAGGGGAGUGUUGCUUUCAUCAGCCAAAGUGGCGCCAUGAUCACAUCAGUACUGGACUGGAGUGUGUCUCAGAAAGUUGGCUUCAGUGCCGUGAUCAGCAUCGGGUCUAUGCUGGACAUGGACUUCAGCAGCAUGAUCUUCUACCUUGCCAAAGAUGCAGCAACCAGGAGCAUUGUCCUUUACAUGGAGUCUAUCGGCAAUGCACGAAGCUUCCUGUCUGCUGCCCGAGAGGCAGCACUUACGAAGCCCAUUAUCGUCAUCAAAGGUGGCCGCACCGAUGCCGCAGCCAAAGCUGCAGCCUCCCACACCGGUAGCUUGACCGGGAGCGACGCCGUCUUGGAUGCAGCCUUUAAGAGAGCCGGCGUGCUUCGCGUCGAGAACAUGUCUGAUCUCUUCGAGAUGGCAGCAGAUGUCUUAUCCAAGCAGCCGCUGCCUACCGGCAAUCGGCUAGCUAUCCUCACGAAUGCUGGUGGUCCAGGUGUCCUUGCAUGCGAUGCUCUGGCACAGCACGGAGGCAGCCUGGCCGAACUCACCCCUCAAACCAUCAAGGCUUUGAACGGGGUGUUGCCACCGGCCUGGAGCCAUGGGAACCCCAUCGAUGUUUUGGGAGAUGCGUCCGCAAAGCACUAUGCCGACAGCUUGGAGAUUGUCGCCAGGGAUCCCAACUGUGAUGGCUUUCUCGUGAUCUUGACGCCUCAGGCCAUGACAGCCCCCACCGAAUGUGCAGAAGCUUUAUCGCACUAUGCCAAAAUCCAGGGGAAGCCUGUGCUUGCGAGCUGGAUGGGCGGACCUGACGUCGCCCCUGGCGCAAAGGUCCUGAACGACGCAGGGGUUCCAACCUACUCCUAUCCUGACAUGGCCUGCAAGACUUUCAAUUACAUGCACCAGUACCAGAGUAACCAGGGUAGCAACUAUGAGCGCAUCGACUUGCAGAUGGAUUUGGAGAAGGUGCAGGAGGGCAAGACCGAAGCGAGGAAACUGCUUUCCAAAGUGCGGGAGUCUGGGAGGUCGCUGUUGACGGAAGCGGAGAGCAAGCUGCUUCUCAAAGCCUAUGGCAUCCCCGUGACCGCUUGUGAAGUGGCGUCCAGCCCCGCCGAAGCUGCGGCUGCGGCGGAGAAGAUUGGGUACCCGGUGGUAAUGAAGCUCAACUCUACUACCAUCACGCACAAGACAGAUGUUGGUGGAGUCGUCCUCAAUCUUCACAGCAAAAUGGCUGUGGAGAAGUCAUUUCUGGAGAUGAAGGAGAGCGUUUCCAGACUGGCCUCUCCGGAAGGUUUCGAGGGCGUUACUAUUCAGCCGAUGAUUUCUUUGAAAGGCUAUGAGAUCAUUCUGGGGUCAUCCAUCGACCCACAGCUUGGCCCAGUUCUUCUAUUUGGCAUGGGCGGCUCCCUGGUUGAAGUUUUCAAGGACUCGGCCGUGGGACUUCCGCCGCUGAAUGCCAACCUGGCCCGGAAGAUGCUCGAGGAGACGAAGCUCUACAAGGCGCUGCUUGGAGUUCGCGGCAUGAAGAGUGUCAACAUCGAGGCCCUCAUCCAGAUCAUGGUCCGCUUCUCUGUUCUCAUCGUGGACCUCCCGGAGAUCUUGGAAUGUGACAUCAACCCCCUCAUCGCAUCCGAGGAUUCUAUCCUCUCCCUAGAUGCUCGGGUCGUACUCCACGAUCCCAGCAGCACACCGGAAGACUGGCCUCAACCAGCCAUCCGACCCUAUCCGCACCAGUACGUUCAGACGGUUGAGCUGACAGACAAGAUGACAGCCAAGAUCCGCCCGAUCCUGCCAGAGGACGAGCGCAUGAUGCGCAGCUUCUACAGCGAGGCGUCCUGGCCCAGUGGCUGUGACCCGGCGUCCAUGCCGAAGGAGGAGGCUCAGAUGACAUGCAGCUUAAGUCGCACGCACCUCAUCCGGACCUGCUUCGUAGACUUUGACCGGUCGAUUGUGUUGGUUGCGGAGGCGGUGCAGGACGGCGAGAAGAUGAUUGUCGGAGCCGGACGAAUCAGCAGAGAGCAGAUGAGCAACGAUGUGACCUUCGCGUUGCAAGUGCUCCCAAGCUUUCGGAGGCUGAAGGCGCUCAUCAGCGUAGCGAAGGAAGAGGGGGCCUCUUGCAUCAAGGCCGAGGUCUUUGCCGAGAACACUCGGGCGUUGAGAUUCCUGGAGGGUCAUGGUUUCCACCUUGGGGAGGGUAAGAAGACACUCAUCCCUGUUCGGCUUCAGUUUGAAGAAGCCUCGGAGCGACGACAGCCAAAGGACUUGCCUUCCUUGGCCAACCACAGAAAGCCCACGCUUCUGAUUCAUUCAGAGACCCCAGCGGCCAGCCCUACCUUUGCAGCCAGCUAA